AUGAUGAGAAACGACAAGAGUCCUAAAGCUGUGGUGACCAUAAAGCCUGAUAAACAUGUGUUCAGAGGAGAGACUGUGACUCUCAGAUGUGAAAUACAGGGAGGAGGAGACACUGAGUGGAAAUACAGCUGGUAUAAGAAUGAUAACACACUCUACCCCACAACACAGGAGUUCAGCUUCAGCUCAGUUAUAAAUGAUGCAGCAGAGGCAGUAGUGAGUGUGUCUCCACUGCGCUGGCUGACUGAAGGAGACUCAGUGACUCUAAGCUGUGAGGUUAAAAACUCCUCUACAGGCUGGACAUUCAGCUGGUACACUGCUGUUCCCUACAGAAAUGGCUUAAUUGAAGUAACAGGCCGUCGUGGCAAUGUCUUGUAUGGUUCAGAGCUUCUCUCAGACAGCAGCAGAGGAUCUGGAGGCUCCUACACUCUCACUAAUGUUACUGUGAAUCACACAGGAGUUUAUAUGUGCAGAGCAGAGAGAGGAGAAUCAGUCUUUCACACUCGGGACAGUAACCUACAGCCACUGUGCAUCACUGGUGAAUCUCCUCCAGUGUCUCUGAUCAUCAAUCCCAGCAGAACUCAACACUUUACUGCUGACUCUCUCACACUGAGCUGUGAGGACCAGAGUGACUCUACUGGAUGGACAGUGAGAGGAUACACACACAAUGGUGAUGUGAUCCUGGACAGUCCUGUCCAUCCUGUAACUGAGGGAAAUCCUCUGACUUUACGCUGUUUAUAUCACAACUCAAGUAUCUCAGACUCUGGUGUUGAUUUCUAUAAAGAUGGUUCAGUCCUGCAGAACAAGACUACAGGAGAGAUGACCAUCACUACUGUCUCAAAGUCAGAUGAAGGUUUCUACCACUGUAAACACCCAGAGAGAGGAGAGUCACUGAAAAGCUGGGUUUCAGUCAGAGUGAGACCAAAGCCUGUAGUGAAAAUACAGCCAGCUGGGCGCGUGUUCCUUGGGGAGACCGUCACUCUCACAUGUGAGAUUCAGACUAGCGGCAGUACCUGGCAGUAUCACUGGUAUAGGGAUAACACAGAACUCAGUGAUGCUGCAGGAAAGAAAACAUACACAAUCUCUGAUAUUAAAGACUCUGAUAAAGGUGAUUAUACAUGUAAUGGAACAAAGUCAUCAGACCCUAAAUACACACAGACCAGUGAUGGUGUUACACUGACUAUAUCAGAAAAUCCUAAACCUGAACUCACAUCAGACCUUAAAGGAGCUGUAAUGACGGGAAACUCAGUGAAUCUGUCCUGUACACUAAAGCUGCAAUCUGAUGGAUGGAAGUUUUACUGGAUCAAACUCACACAGAGCACUGAGACUGAGACUGAAACACACUCCUACACCAUCAGAUCAGUUAGUGUCUCUGAUGGAGGUCAGUACAAGUGCAGAGCUGGAAGAGGAAACCCAGUCUACUACACACACUACAGUGAUGCACUCUGGGUAAAUGUUAUUGAGAGUCCUAAACCUGUGGUGAUUAUAAAGCCUGAUACACAGGUGUUCAGAGGAGAGAGAGUGACUUUCAGGUGUGACACAAAGGAAGGAGGAGACACGGAGUGGACAUACGACUGGUAUAGGGACGAUAAAACAUUAUACACAUCCCUCACAACACAGGAGUUCAUCAUCAGUAAUUAUUACAGUGGAAAAUACACCUGCAGAGGGAGGAGGAGAAGUGACUCUCAGAUAUCAAAGACGAGUGAUUCUGUUACACUCACUGUAUCAGAAAAACCCAAACCGACUGUGAGAGUAAAUCCUCAGAGCUCCGUCUACACUGGAGACAGAGUUACUCUGACCUGUAAUCUGCUGUCUACUGGAUGGACUUUUCUCUGGUACAAAGAUUAUCAGGAAUCAAAUCCCCUGUCUCCUAGAACCACAGACACCAACACACUCAGUGUAACAGUCUCUAAUGAAGGAGAAACACAGUACUACUGUAAAGCACGCAGGGGAAACUACGAGUCAGAGAUCAGUGAUCCAAUCACAAUUACAGUGAGAGGUGCUUCUCCUCGAGUGUCUCUGAUCAUCAAUCCCAGCAGAACUCAACACUUUACUGCUGACUCUCUCUCACUGAGCUGUGAGAACCAGAGUGACUCUACUGGAUGGACAGUGAGAGGAUACACACACAGUGAGGCAGUGUCUGAUUGUUCAUCAGUUUCAGGAUCUACAUGUAACAUCCGCUCUCUCUCUACAUCACACACUGGAGUUUACUGGUGUCAGUCUGAAUCUGGAAGAUGCAGUAAUCCUGUCAACAUCACAGUGCACAAUGGUGAUGUGAUCCUGGAGAGUCCUGUCCAUCCUGUAACUGAGGGACAUCCUCUGACUUUACGCUGUUUAUAUCGCAACUCAAAGAUCUCAGACUCUGGUGUUGAUUUCUACAAAAAUGAUUCCAUCCUCCUGUCUCAGACUACAGGAGAGAUGACCAUCAGUACUGUCUCAAAGUCAGAUGAAGGUUUCUACCACUGUAAACACCCAGAGAGAGCAGAGUCACUGAAAAGCUGGGUUUCAGUCAGAGUUCUAUCAGAUGGAAAAGCUCCACUGUCGGUACUGAAGCUCCUCAGCAGUGCAGUAGCGGCCUCUCCGUAUGUGCUGGUGACCAUCAUUCUGGCAGUGAAAUGUUACAGAGCUCGAACUGACCCUGUUGAGGACAACAGACCGUACAGAGUGAUAGAAGCUGAAGCGUCUGUCUGAGUCUCGGGUUUUUACAUUAUUUUAUCAUCUAGCUUUUAAAUAACAGCAGCUCCCAGUGCAACAGAGAACACAUUCGUGUAUGUGCUCUGUCAGUAAGUACAGUUUUAGUGAUGAGUGGAUGUGAUGCUAUUUAAAUUUAUUAAUUUAACAGAUGAUUUUUAUCCAAAGCGACUUACAGAUGAGGAAAUACAAGCAAAGUGACAUAUCAAGCAGAGAACAAUACAAGUACUGCUACUAUACAAGAUUUACAACUGAGUUCUAGAGAAGCAAAGUGCACAGAGUAGAGGAGUAAGAGCCAGAGUAAGUUUUUAUUAUUUUUUAUUUAUUUUAUUUUUAUUUUUUAUUAUUUUUUUUUAAAUAAUGUGGGGUUGGCAUUUUAGGGGUUAGUUAAAUGCUCACAGGAGAGAUGGGUCUUUAGCUGUUUUUUUGAAAAAUUCUGUGAUUUCUGUUUUUCUGAGAUUUUGGAUGAAAGCUUUAAUUCUCAUCUUGCAUUUUUUUUUAAUGGCAUGAUUUCUAUUCCUGAUGUAUUUGUAAUACUCAUAUGCAUUUAUUUGUUUACUAUUUAAGCUUUACUUUGUAUUAUUUAUGUUGUUGUUGUUGUUGUUUUAGCUAUAUGACUUUUACUUUGUUUAAAUUGAAUAUUAAUUUUAAAAUGAUUAUUUUUAAUUAAAUACCCAUUUAUUUAAUUUAGCAUUUACUCAGGGAUAAAUAUGCAAUGUGUUUUGAUACAGUGUAAUAUUUGUAAUUAAAUGGAAUAAUUUGUAUCUUGUAAUAUUUUAUGAAGUAAAUACAUGGGCAGAUAAGUUUUGGAGUGAAGUGUGGUUUAGUUCUGAUACAUUUUAUUAUUUUAAUUAAAACCAUAAGUCUGUAAAUUUUAUUUAUUUAUUUGUUGUUGUUGUUUUUAUAAUGUGGAGGUUGGCAUUUUAGGGGUUAGUUAAGUGCUCACAGGAGAGCUGGGUCUUUAGCUGUUUUUUGAAAAAUUCUGUGAUUUCUGUGAUUUUGGAUGAAAGCUUUAAUUCUCAUCAUGCAUUAUUUUUUAAAUAGUUUUUUAAAAAAACUAUUUUUUUUUUUAAACGGAGUGAUUUCUAUCUGUGACGUAUUUGUAAUACUCAUAUGCAUUUAUUUUUUUAAUAUUUAAGCUUUACUUUGUAUUAUUUGAAUUUAAUAUAAUUGAGCUGUGUGGCUUUAACCAGUGAGAAACGAGGAAAUGUUGUCCUUUACAUUCUCAGAAAAGCCAAAAUUAAAACAGUCACAAAUGCAUGUUCCCACUACUGCUAGUUUCUGUGGCAUGUGCCAGGGUUUUCAGCACAAACACUAACAGAACUCAAUGAAAUGACCUAAUAACGAAAGAUUAACUGAGUCAUUUCAGCCUCUACAGCAUCUUAUAUUAACUUAUGUCACAUUACUUUCUGCCUCAGAAAUGCAUCUGAUCACAGAGAGCGCAGAAUGGAAAUAACUUGAAAUGUGUUCAUAUCAUCCACAGGAAGUAAGUAGAAUUAAUCAGAAACUGAAGUCCAGUAAUAUAAAAGCUUCAAGUACAGUGCUGUGUUCACCUAAACUGGAUAUUUUAUCUGCUAGUCUGCUGAAAAUUGUUAACAGUAAUCAAGACACAAAAAAGAGGAAAAUCCUGAGACUCAGUGGAGUUUCAGUGCCACUGCGGCCUCCAGCAGCACCAGGAAUCUGUGGAACUGUCACAAAUUCCCCCUCAGUGCACAGUGUGUGUCCUGCAGUGAGUGCUGCUGUGCUUUUGUUUAUGAUUUCCUUUUGUUUCAGUUUUUGGUUCAGUCUCCACAGUUUUCUCAUUGUUGGUCUUUUCCCUAAUGUAUGCACCUGUUCUAAGUUUAUCCCAUGAUUUGUUUGUGUUUUUAUACCCUGAUGAUUCUCACCUUCCUUGAAAUCUUGUAGGGUUUACUAGUGCAGUAGUGAACCUUAGUUUCCUGUUCCUGUGUAAAUCUGUUUUUUGUCUGUCUUGUGCAUGCUUUUUUAUUUGGAUUAUGGAUCUGCUUAUUUUGACAUUGCCUUCCUGUACUUUGACCUCUGUUUGGAAUUAUGUUGAAGAUUAUUGGUUGUCCCUUAACAAAGAACACAGUGUUUACUCACUUGUGUCCGGUCUCAUCAGAAAAAGACAGAUAACACACACAGACAGCAGCAUUCACACCAUCAGACUGUGAAUGAAACAAUAUAUUUGCUCCCUUAGAGAAAGUUUAAAAUUCAUGUGUCUCAUUUCAGGCCUUUUAUUAACAGCUCUAACAGUAAAACUGACUAUCUGUCAUGAUGGAGUCCAUGGAUGGAUGCGAAUGCAAAUGGAGAACAGGAACAAAGACUCAGAGAAACAGACAUGAGGACAUUAAAAAAACAGAAUACCAACCAGAAACUAGCCAAAUUAUAUAAACAAGGCUAGAAAUACUUAAACUAUCAAAAAGACUAUGCAUAAUACAAACACCUUCAAAUGAAAGUAAAGAAAUAAACAUAAUACUCCAGCAACAAAGGAGUGAAAACCGGGAACUAGCAGGAUAACUAACCAAGAAAAACAACAAACGGGUGAGCAAGGUAAAACAGGAAAUGAGGGAGACAACAGAAGAAGAAGUUCUGCACAGACAGUCAGGGUGCUCUCUAAUGGCCCUGGAUGGAACUGCCCCUGCAGACCAUGAUAUAAUCUGCUUAAACCUUAAAAGACUUGUUACUGAAAAAAAACAAAGCAUGUGGAAUAUAUUCACUCUCCAUUGCAUUCAAAACAGUCUCUUAGGCCAGCUGCUUGUGCGUAUGCACAAAACUGAUGCCAUUUUAAAUAUUUGUUAGAUAGAAUACAGUGAUGAAUUUAAGAUGCACAACACAUCUCCUCAUGUUUAUGGCUCCCUAUGAUUAAUAAUGAAAAUUUUCAUUUCAUUUCCCAGAAAAAGUGGCUUGUAGACUCUUGAGAAUAUCAAAAAAAGAUCUCAUACAGGUGAUUCCAACUUUCUCUGAAAGGAGCACAUGUACACUGCUGCUUAGGUGAUACUUUGAACUUUAAUCCAUUAGUUCCUUGUGCAUAAAGAACUGUGUACACCUGAAACUAGAAUAUAUUUAGGUAAAUAUGGCAGUUCUACUGUGGAGUUGGAAUUGCAGCCCAACUUAGACUCAUGAAUCAUUUAUAUGUGUACAUGAAGAUUUUGAGUGCAUUUAAAAUGUGAUUAUUGACCAACAUCACUUAAGCAUUUUUUGGAUGACAUUUAAUUUUACAUUAUCUUAAGAUAACACCUUUUUCUCUCUCUUUUAUGAGGUGAUAGAGACGUCUAAAGCAAGAUAUAUCCCUAUAGUGAUUGGCACAGUGUCUCAAGUUCCAGCUGUUGAACAGAUGGGAUUUUCUCAUUUCUUUUUCAUUAUUAUUUUAUUUAUUUAAUACAAGCAGGUAAUACAACACAACCACACACACACCUCUACACACAUCAGACUGGUCAGUUAUCAUGACAGUUUCAUAAUUAAUGUUGUUGUUAAUCAUUAACAUGGGUUAACAUAAGAUAACGUUAGCUUGUGAGUAAUUCUGAACAUAGAAGCAUGAAAAAAUAUUAAUGCAUAUGUACUCUAAAUGUAUUCUACGUUAUGGGAGCAAAUCCCCCUUCCCUGCAAAAUUAAACACAGAAAAACUGAUUAAUGCUGUCGCUCCAUCACUUCCCAGAAAAUAAAGUGCUACUGUAAAAAUACUCAACGUAGAAAUCACUGCACAUUUAUGCUUUAAUAUUUACUGAAAAUUGAUACAAAUAUAGUCCCUGCUGCUGUCUGUCCCACUUAAACCCAUUCAAUUCAAUUUCUUUUAUGGGAUUUUGGUUAAAAGCCUGAAAUAAGGCCCGUGGUGAACAAAAUAUUUUCACAUUUUAUUCUAUGACAUAAAUACAUCAGUAGUACCCCACUCAGGAUUUUAAAAAAGAUUUAACGUGUAUUUAAAGGGCGGUUGCUAACAAUUUGCUAAAUGUGACUAAAGACUUUGUCAGGGACAUUAAACGUCAUCACGCCGAACAGGAAAAAACUUUGCAGAUAAACUGGUUCAGGUGUGCAGUGCACAAUUCCCAAAAAAUGUGGAUGAAGAUUCAUCCACUGAAUAAAUCUGUAUUAUGGAAAAUGUUUUUAAAUCAAGUUUAGAAAAGUCGACGCAAGCUUGGUGGUGGUGACGUUGAAGUGACUUGGCAUAUUAUUAGGUUUUUAUUUCUGGCGAUUGUAUUAGGCUUCAAGCUUCAUAAAACGUUGUGUUGAUUUGUGAAAAGUAUCUUGAUGGACAAAACGUGUUAGUGUUGUAAAGUUUUGUUGAUCACAGAGAUUUUCUGCGAUAAUCCAAAAGCCUAUGGGAAAAUCCUAUUGGGUUUUUUGUCGAGGGAACGAGCGUGAUGCUAACUUCUGGGUUCGAGUACGACAUGACGUCUUCCCAGCGCCACUCUAUUGAGCGCUACAUGGACCACGUGACUGCGUGGCGGCGAGAUCAAAGAGUGUCGCCACUCUCUUUUUGAACACACAGAGAGAGAGAGAGAGAGAAAGAGAAAGCUCGGAUUUUUUCUUCGCGACUGGUAAAUAAAGUGUCGUUGUCCAUCUGCAGUUAUGAGUAAUUCCUAUUUUUUCCCGUUUCAUGUGUUGUUUUUUAGUGGAAUCACAUUGUUGCUGUAUUUUGUUUUGUAUAUUUUCAGUGGUUUUGUUUGGAUGUAUGUUGCACUCGUGUGUUUUUCUCCCUGUAAUAAUUUGGAUCGGACGAACCCGUACAUUUCCGGUAUGAAGGCAGAUUUAUGUGUGUUUAGAUGUGAGUGUAGUUCUGUUUAAAUUGUAAUUGUGUUUGUUUUAGGCGGACUGCGCCUCUAUUAUGUAGCGGAGCUCUUCGUCGUCAUGGUUACGGGAGAAUUCCUGCUUCCAGUUUCGUUUUGAGUUGUUCUCCGGUUUCCAGUUCUCUCUCCAUCUUGUAUUUCUCACAGACUGUGAGGUUUGGGUUGUUGGUGUUAUUGUGUUGGUUUGUUAAUAGUGUUUAUUAUUAUUAUUAUUAUUAUUAUUUUAUUAUUAUUAGUUUGACUGUCUUGUUUUAUGAGUAUUUCUGUUUAUUUGUUUUUUUUUCCUUCUGUUUAGUAACCAUCAUAUGAACUGAAGUGACCUUGAUGCAGUCUGUAUUGGUUCUGGUUCUGUUGCCAUUGUGUCCCAUCUCUGAACCCCUGCAUGACUUACAUUUAUUUUCUGUCUGUUGUAGGAGCUGAAGGUUGGGGUUUGAUCUAUUGGUGCUGUUUUUGCCUUUCACUUGUGCUGUGUUGUGCUCUCAAUAUUGUGUGUGUGUGUGUGUGUGGUGUAACUCCUUGCUUGGUGGGCAGAUCGUGUCCAUCCUUAACCUACUCCCAGUGGGUAAAUUUCGGUUCCUCGGUUAGGAAGUUUAAUGAUUAUUUCUGAUGUUCAGUUGGCUUGGACCAUAUAUUAUAAUUACACUUAAUGUGUGACUAUCAGUGACGUGUCUUCAUGGUUUGUUUCACUGAUCCAUUUUUAAAAAUGUAUUUAUCUUGUGGGUUGAAAUAAAUAAAGCUUUAUAUUUUUGUAUA